AUGACUUUCGAGAGCUAUUGUUCGCCACCUGAAGCACCAGUCUUCUACCCAACAUGUGACGAAUUUGCUGAUCCACUCGAAUAUGUGGAGAAAAUUCGGCCGAUCGCCUCACGCGCUGGCCUUUGUAAGAUUAUACCACCAAAGGAAUGGCAACCACCGUUUUGCGUUAAUGUUGAUGAAUUCCGUUUUACACCGCGCAUUCAACGUAUCAAUGAACUAGAAGCUGGUACUCGAACGAAAAUUAAAUUUUAUGAACGUUUAACAAAAUUAUUCGAGUCUCAAGGAAACAAACUGAAAAUUCCUACUGUUGAAAAAGAAAGUUUAGAUCUCGCAAAGUUACACAAAAUCGUUAAGGACGAAGGUGGAUACGAUAUUUGUUGUUCACAAAAGAAAUGGGCUCAUGUCGCACGAAGAAUGAACUUUCAUGACACGCAAACAAGUCGUGUUUUAAAACAACAUUACGAAAAACUGUUGUUAUCUUAUGAUGUUUACGAAACAGGCGUUUAUGAAGAACAUGCAGAUGUACCGAAUACAAAUGACUCGAAAAAAGUUGAAUCUAAUGGAACGUUGAAAAAUGGCAAUAAACGAAAGGAUAGUUCGUCAGCCACGGGCACAAAUAAUCCAGAUCCGUUCGCGAAUUUCAUCUGUAAAUCUUGUACGCGUGGUGAUGAUGAUAAUUAUUUAUUAAUUUGCGACAUGUGUGAUAAUUGCUAUCAUACAUAUUGUCUUAUUCCAGCUCUAACGGAAAUUCCUCGAGGUCAAUGGCGCUGUCCAAGAUGCGUUGCACAGCUGUAUCACUCAGCAACGCCAUCGGAUGCCUACGGAUUUGAACAAUCGCCGAAAGAAUAUACAUUGGGAGAAUUUGGCGAGAUGGCAGAUGAAUUUAAACGCAAUUAUUUCAAGAAACCUCUAUCAGAAAUCACAUGUGAAGAUGUUGAACAAGAAUUCUGGCGUAUACUUUCAUUACCUGAUGCAUCAGUAAAAGUCGAAUACGGUGCAGAUUUGCCAACAGGUGACUUGGGAAGUGGAUUUCCAUCAGCAAAAACGAAAGAUUUGACUGAAAAUGACAAGAAGUAUCUGAAUUCUCCGUGGAAUCUCAAUAAUUUCGCAUGCCAUUACAAAUCUGUUUUGCGAUAUAUCAAUGCUGAUAUAUCGGGAAUGAAGGUGCCUUGGGCUUACGUUGGUAUGUGUUUUUCAUGUUUUUGUUGGCACGUCGAAGAUCAUUGGUCAUACUCGAUCAACUAUCUUCAUUGGGGUGAACCAAAAACUUGGUAUGGCGUUCCUGGCGAAGGUGCUGAAAAACUGGAGAAUUGUAUGAAAUCUUAUGCACCUGAUUUAUUCGCUAAAACACCUGAUUUACUCCACCAUCUGGUUACAACUAUGAAUCCAUCUGUACUACUACGUAGUGGAGUGCCAAUCACAAAAAUAAAUCAACGAGCUGGCGAGUUUGUGAUUACAUUUCCUCGCGCAUACCAUGCAGGUUUUAAUCAUGGAUUUAAUUUUGCUGAAGCGAAUAACUUUUGUCCAGCGGAUUGGCUUCCGAUGGGUCGUUGUGCAAUCGAUCAUUACAAAGAAAUGAAACGAUAUAGUGUGUUUUCUCAUGAUGAAUUAAUCUGUAAAUUAGCAUCAGAAUGUCAAUACCUUGAUCCAGCUAUUGGUGAUGCAACGAAGUUCGAACUGGAUUGUAUUGUUCAACAAGAGAAAAAUGGCCGUAGAUCAGCUUAUGAACAAGGGGCAGCGGAUGGUGAUCGAGUUUGUUUCGAAUUGAUGCCGGAUGACGAACGACAAUGUGAUGCUUGUAAAACAACGUGUUUUCUCUCGGCUGUCUCUUGUUUAUGCAAACCAAAUGUUCUGGUCUGUAUCAAUCAUAUCGAUCAAUUAUGUUUAUGUUCGCCAAGAAAAUAUUGUUUAUGGUAUCGGUAUACACUCGAUGAAAUGGCCGAUAUGCUUGAUGCAUUGCGUGAACGGUUGAGUUUGUGUCAGAAUUGGAAACUACUUGUCAAUCGACUGAUAUCAGCUGAUCAUCAAACGCUUAUCAAUUUUAGUGACAUUGAAAAGCAUACAUCAUCCGGUGCGUUGUGUUUACGUGAUGAUAUCCGUAUAAAGAUGGAAGAAAAAUUAGCUGAAGCUACGGAAUGCCGGCAAAUGGUCAAGAAUAUUUUAAAACGUAUAAUGUGCAAAGAUGAACCUAUGGAAGUUUUGACUGAAGACGGUGUAAAUAAAAAGAAAAAGAUUUCCGAUCACGGAAAUAAAGUUUCAUUAAGCGAUAUUAAUCAGUUGAAAACACGAAUCAAAUCACUUGGUAUUACAUUUGAUGAAAUGAAUACGAUACAAGAAAUUCUCGCUGAUUGUCUUCGGUAUCAAGAUGAGAUUAAGACAUUACUCCAAUCAGAAAAACUUCAAUCACCUGAUACUUAUUCAAAUCAUAUCGAACGAAGUGAUCAAUAUCAAAUUGAAUUGCCCAUCGUUGAACGAUUGAGAUUAUUCUAUCAAGCUAGCCUUUGGUAUGAACUUGUACAGAAAACAUUGAAUCGAACUAUCCCGCCAAGUAAACUUCGAUCGUUGAUUACAUCUGGACAACCAUUUCAAGCUUUACAUCAACAAAUACAACAAAAAAUCCAUGAAUUACAAGUACAAUUGCAACAAUUGGAAUAUUGGGACGAGAAAUGUCGACAGUUAACCAAAGAAGAACCACGGCCAACAUUGAACAUAUUGGAGGAAUUUAUUAAGAGUGCUGAUGAAGCGAACAUUCAUUUGAGUUCGAUUGACAAAAUUCGAACAUUGAUCAUUGAUUGUCAUGCUUGGAUUGAACGAUUCGAAGAAAUGCAACAAGGCAAACACUAUCCAUUUUUAUCAUCAUACGAGCAAUUAUACGAACAAGCACGACACUUUCAUAUUGACUUGGAACCGUUGAAAAUAGUUGAACAAACGAUUUUACAAGCGCGAACAUGGUUAGAAAAGACUCAAGCAGUGUUUCGUCGACCAGAAUCAAUGCUGACUUUGAUUGAAAUGAUCACACCACGAGUUAAUGUUGCACCUAGAACGGCAACAAAGAAACGACAAGCUUCGAAACGAACUACAGGUGAUGGACCAACCAACGAAUCGAUCGGUGUUCUCGAUGAUACUAUAGCGAAAGUGUUGUCAAGUGAUGAGAAUGAUCCCGAAACUGUGUAUAAAGUGUAUCGUGAUGCAACAAUGAAAGAAAUCGAAUGUCUCAAUGAAUUACGAGAAAAUAAUCAAAAGAAACGCUUGGAUUCAUCAUCUACUUAUUGCGUAUGCGAAAAACCAUACUCGGAUACUAUGCUUCAAUGUGAUUUAUGCAAUGAAUAUUAUCAUCGCCAUUGUUUACCGUAUCAUGGUACUGAUGUAAACACAUCUGUCUGGUGGAUUUGUGACUUCUGUAUACGAUCGCGACGGCCACGUCUGCAAGAUGUUGUUAAACUUCUUGCGAAUUUACAGAAGUUAACCGUACGAUUACCGGAAGGUGAAAUCUUACAAUGCCUAACAGAACGUGCUAUUACAUGGCAAGAAAAAGCCGAAGCAUUUCUGGAAUCACCCAUCCUACGAGAACUGAGUACAGUCAAACAGGAAAACAGACCGUUUAAGCAAGAGGAAUUUUCAAACGAUCCAACAAAGCAACAAGGCCGAAAUUUAGAACCAGAAUCCUCUCGUCCAGUGAAUAAUCUAGCCGAAAGUCAAUUAGAAAGCCUAUUGAUCGAAGGUGGCUUACUUGAGAUUUACGUUGAUCAAAUAAAACUAUUAACAAAAUUAGUGAACUCAUCACGACGAUCACAUUUAUCAUCAGAUAAACCAAAAGUUGCUCGUGUUCAGCAAGGAGACAAGAAUAAGUCCCAUACAAUACGAAAACGAAAAUCCUAUGAAAUUAUUGCAAAAACAGAAAAAACGAUACGCCGUAAACGUUCGCGCAAAUCCUUUCUACCGGAUCAACGCUCAUCCGAAAGUCAGCUUACUUCAACCGCAGCACCUGUCGUAUACGUUUCAUCGAUGAGCGAUGUUCAACAAACAUUGAUUAAAUCAUCGCCUAAAUCCGAUGCCGAUCACGAUAACAAUCCAUUGCUCAUAUCCGAUGAUGAAAAUGAUCAGAGUAAAAAAGGAAACAUUCUCGGCGGUGGUGAAGAUGAAUGUGCUGUCGACAGCGGUGCGUGUUUACGACCAAGUGGAUCAUCGAUAAAAUGGGUUUGCUGUGAUGCGUGUGAACGAUGGUUUCAUCUUGCUUGUGUUGGUUUGACGAGUGUGAAGAAAAAAGAAGAAUUCAAAUGCUCGCGUUGUAAACAGUCAUCCAUAUCGUCUUCGACAUCCACUCCCACCAUUGCUUUGACGUUGUAA